AUGGCGACGACCUGUCCGUGGUCGUCGUCCGGGUCGUUAUAUAGGCGAGAUGAAGAUGCCGGGCAGAAACUUCUAGGCCUUUUGCGCAACAGUUAUCAACGUUCGUUAAAUUUUAGUGAUCACUCCUUUUAUACAUCCCUUGGAACCUCGAUAGGUAUCUCUUUCGGUAUCUUUGCUCUCUUCUGUCUCCUAAGACCCCACAACGCCACUGUAUACGCUCCUAGGCUCAAAUACUCCGAUGAGAAGCAUGCCCCUCCCCCAAUUGAAAAGGGAUAUCUGGCCUGGCUUAGUCCAGUUUUCAAAUACAAAGAGGAUGACCUAGUCAACAAGAUCGGCCUUGACGCUAUCGUAUUUUUGCGUUUUCUUCGAAUGUUGCGCAACCUUUUUGCUACUCUAUCCCUUCUCGCCAUCAUAAUGAUCGGAGUAAACGCCGGCUGUUCUGCCAAAAACAAGCACAUCCUCAAUGGCACCGGAAACUUUUUCAUCUUUAUGUCGCCUCAAAUUGUCUACGGCGAAUGUCUUUACGCUCACAUUCUCAUGUCUUGGGUAUUCCCGAUAGUUAUCUGCGGGUUUAUCUGGCAUUCCUAUCGCAAGCUUCUGCAAUUGAAAGUGGCGUAUUUUGAAAGCGAGGAGUACAAAUCGAGCUUGCAUUCGAAAACUUUAAUGGUGACGGAUGUUUCGAGUCAAUACAUGUCGAAUGAUGGACUCGCUGAUAUCAUUAGGAGGAUCAAUGCCGACCCGAACAUUAAGGACGACAUGAAGGCUAGGAUUGCGAGAGAUAUGAAGGAACUACCAAAACUAGUCCAUGAGCACGAAAUGACCGUUCGAAGACUCGAGAGCGUGUUGGCAAAGUACUUGAAGAAUCCGGACCGAUUGCCACCGAAUAGACCGACGAUGAAACCAUUUAAGGAUGAUAGAAAGACUAAGGGAGAGGGAAAGAUAGAUGCAAUCGAGUACCUAGACGAGAGAAUUAAAAUGCUAGAGACAAGGAUCAAAGAAGUUAGAGGAAGUAUCGACCUAAAGAAACCACUACCAUACGGAUUCGUCAGUUUUUCGACAAUGCAGAAUGCGCAUACGGUAGCAUAUGCGACGAGGGGAAAGAGACAGGCCGGGGCAGAUGUCAGACUAGCACCGAGACCUACUGAUUUGCUUUGGCACAACCUUUCUAAGACCAAGGGUGAACGUCGCUGGAGUAGGACCUGGGGCUGGAUGCUUUAUGGAUUUUUCACUGUCGCUUGGAUCGUCCCAAAUGCUUUCAUCGCCACCUUCCUACCGGAUAUCAGUCUCAUCGGGCAAUUGUGGCCAGCAUUUCUACAGUCCUUUAUCGAAUACAAUAGCUUCUGGGUCUUCGUCCAAGGUGUCAUAGCCCCUCUACUAACAUCACUAAUUUUCCUCGUCCUCCCCAUAAUCAUGCGCAGAAUUUCCGCACGACAGGGUGACUUCACCAAGACCGCCAGGGAACGCCACACAACUACAAAGCUCUUCUCUUUCUUCCUUUUCAACAAUCUAAUAGUCUUCACCAUUUUCGGCACAGUUUGGAACUUUGUCGUCAGUGUUAUUAGCGACACUGAUGUUAACAAAAAGUCGGUUUGGCAGGCAAUAAAGGACUUCCGUUUCGCUACCCAAACCAUCUAUUCGGUAUUCCAAGUCUCCAGAUUCUGGAUCAUGUACCUUCUUCAACGAAACUUAGGUGCGGUCUUGGAUUUGAUCCAAUUCGUAACCCUCUUUAUGCGCUGGUACUCUCGUAAAUUCCUCUCUCCAACACCGAGAGAGAUGAUCGAGUGGUCCGCGCCACAGCCCAUGGACUUCGCAAGUUACUAUAACUACUUCCUAUUUUACGCUACUAUAGCAUUCACCUUCGCACCGAUCCAACCUCUCGUCGUCCCCGUCGCAUGUCUAUACUUCACCAUUGACAGUUUCUUCAGAAAGUACGCAUUCAUGUACAUGUUUGUCACCAAAACCGAGUCAGGAGGAAUGUUCUGGCGGGUCCUAGUAAACCGGGUGUUAGUCGGCUCCAGUUUCGGAAAUAUCGUAACGGCAGGUGUGGUUUGGAUCAAUUUCAACGGAAGAACCGCGGUGUGGGCUUUAUUCCCGAUUAUCAUCCCUAUCGGCUUCAAAAUCUACUGCAUGAAAGUCUUCGACAACAAACUCGAUUUCUACACCAAGGUCGUCGACGCAGAGAAUACCACUGGUGGAGCAGCAAAUGUGAUUUCCGAAACAGCUCAGAAAAAGCAUCGGGAAGACCGUCUAUCAGACCGUUACGGCCAUCCAGCACUAACUCGAAAACUCCUUACCCCCCUCGUCCACGAAAAGGCCAAACAUGUUUUGGCCCGUGUCUACUCCAUCCGUAAUAACGAAGAAGAUCAAUUCUCAGCAGUCAACGGUAGCUUCCCAUUCUCUCAGUCAGGCGAUAAUAACGGUAUGAACAUGCAAAAAAUGCAAUCCGACAAACCAGGACUCCAAGCUCCACCGACAGGAUUAGAACACUACGGCUUCGUACAGGAGCAUCAAUUGGACUACAACAACCUAGCAGGUCAACAACGUCAGGAAUUCAACUAUAUAUUCGACUCGGCUGCCGCUAACGUCGGAGGAGUCCAGAGUAGAGGUGGAAGCCCCUCGUUAAGACCCAUAACACCGGGUGCAUUAAGCAUGUUAGAUAAUUCACGACCAGGAACACCUAGCGGACUUGGUCCUAGUGGAUAUGCAACAAACCGGAUGCAAUACACAAGCCUAGGAAGCCCGGGUCUGGCACCCCAGCAAUUAACACUACCAACUGGAAGAUCGGUAUCUCCACUCGCAAGGGACGCAUCUGCUUCUCCAGAUCCGAAUUAUUACCUAUCACAACCUAGAUUACCAGAGGGAAUGGCAAGCGAUAGCGAUCUAGCAGGCUUACUUGCCGCACCAGGCGGUGCAGGUCAUGCACCCCACGACGGAUACGAUAGCAGGGCUGUCUCUAGAGACGGAUACGACAGCAGAGGCGUAUCUCGGGAUGGGUGGGACGACUAUAAUUCAGGUCAACAGCAGCAACACCAUCCACAAGGACCGGUAUGGGGAUACGAUCAAUACCAGCAACCGCAACCACAGCAGCAGCAGCAACCGCAGCAGCAGCGACAACCAGGUUCUCAAUCACCACAGUAUCACCAGCAGCAGAAUACCCAGCAAGGUUACCAAUCCCCACAAUACCAACAACCACCCACCCAACAAGGCUAUCAAUCUCCACAAUACCCGCAGCAGCAGCAGCAGUAUCAUCAACAGCAGCAGCAAUAUAGCCCCCAGAACCAGCAACAGCAAGGAUAUAACUACCAACCCCACCAACCCUCAAUAUCCCCACCACCUCCACAGCACCAACAGCAGCAAGGGACUGGCGCUUGGUCUCCACAUUACGACACCGGAUCUCCUCACCGACACCAAAGCCCUGCUCCGGGACCGCAGCAGCAGCAGCAGCAGCAGCAGUACCAGCAACAGCAAUACCGGCAAGGAUACGGACAAGGACAGGGACAAGGUCCAUCAUCAAACUACUAA